AUCAAUUGAGAAAAUAAGAAUUAAAAUAGUCAAUGACAAAAGACUGAUGACGAAUUAUAAAACCACGUAAGUGCAGUAAACAUAGCUACAAUUAAAGGUUAACCAAAUUUUCCUGGAAUUUUUUAAAUGUUACAAAGUUCUAUUGGCAGAUUUUGUUUUGUGCGUUAGAUAACGCCCGAAUUGAACUAUGUUUUUCCCAUAAACUAGUACAACAAAGAGAGUAAAUUUAAUUCACGAUGCUCGCAGCAGGUUUCGAUGUGUUACGUAGUUUUCUCAAUAACGACGUCCCCUCAAACAAAGUUACAGACUGUCGAUCGGAUUCUUUUGCUUCCAGAGAGAUCCAUAUGAGAGAGGAUGGUCUAGUCCUGUACUUACCUCAAAAAACCUCAAACAGACCUACCUUCGAGAUAGUUCUGCACAGACCGACUACGGAAACUCUAGUCCAAACCUUCAGUUUGUUCCGUGCAAACAACUUGGACGAUGCUGAAGUUAAAUUUACCAUACUACAUGACAAGUUGCCGGUAUUUAUUGAGAUUGCAAAGGAGAUGUAUAACAUAAAUGGACUCCAGAAAAUUUGUGACGUCUUGUCGGAGCAUCCCACAUGGACUGUGGCCCAUCUAGCUGCAUAUUUUGCUCUCUACGACUCCUUUAACAAUCCCAAAGUGAAUUGCUUUCUAAACAGUAGCGACAGUGAGAAGGGUAUGUCGCCUCUGCAAGUUGCCAUCACCACGCACAAUCUUAAAACGGUUCAAAUGCUAGUAGCGGCGAAUUGUUCAUUGGAACACUUGGAUUGGGACGGGAAUUCCGUGUUCCAUUAUGCGGCCAGUACUACCAAAGAUAUAAUUGCUGCUCUGGCUCAGGGUUCUCCGCCGAAGUGUUUGAAUUCUCGCAACCAAAACGGCCACACGCCUUUGCAUAUGGCCUGUUUGGCUGAUAAGCCUGAUUGUGUGAAGGCGUUGCUUAUUGCGGGGGCCGAUGUAAACAAAACGGCUACAGGGGAUGGGGAUUAUAGCGAGCCAGGAUAUGUAGGAAAUUUUUUGCAGGAUUAUCCCAACACCCUGUACCAAAACGACAUGAAGCACGGCGGUACCCCGUUACACUGGGCUAAUUCACGUCAAGUGAUCGAUGCCCUCAUUGACGUCAACUGCAACAUAAACGCCGUGAAUUUCGAGCACAAGACAGCUCUGCACGUCAUGGUCGAGAGAAACAGAUUGAGUUGCGCAGUUGCUCUCUUAAGUAGACAGGCCAAAUCUAACCUCCCCGAUAAAGAUGGUAACAGACCGAUACAUCUAGCUGUAAAAUGCGGGUUUAUUUCGAUUUUGCAAGCUCUGAUCGUGUUUGGGGCUGAUUUGGACGUGCUGAACUACGCGGGGGAAUCACCCAGGCACAUGAUUACUAAAGAUCAGGAAAAUAAGAUUUUGUACUACCUUCACGCCGUGGGAGCUAGGAGGUGUCCUCCGGGUACUGAAGGAUGUACCGAGGGUUGCGUCCACGACGGUACCUUUGAUGGAAUUCCACCACCUAAGGUUAUUGGUCCAACAAACAGAGACGUGCUCAAUCAGAUGCUGGCAGUGGCCGGUAUGGAGAUAGCGGCCAAAAAGCACAAGAAAAACGAUUUUCCAAAAAAAGGUCGACUGUUAUGCUUGGACGGAGGUGGAAUCAGAGGACUGGUAUUGGUCCAGAUGCUGCUGGAAUUGGAGUCGGUGUUCCAGAGGCCGAUAAAUUUCUGUUUCGACUGGGUUGCUGGAACGAGUACCGGAGGCAUCUUAGCUCUGGGUAUAGCUUCUGGAAAAACGAUGAAAGAGUGCCAGUGCUUGUAUUUUAGACUGAAGGAACAGACUUUUGUGGGUAGUCGGCCUUACUGUAGCGAAAACUUGGAGAAUGUCAUGAAGGAAACUUUUGGUUCUGAAACUGUGAUGUCCGAUAUCAAACAUCCCAAAGUAAUGAUAACUGGUCUGCUAGCUGACAGAAAACCGGCAGAAUUGCACUUGUUUAGAAACUAUACGAGUCCCAACAAUAUUUUGGGGGUGAAACACGAUUCCCCCUACGAAUUACCCCCUCCACCCGAAGAGCAGCACGUGUGGCAAGUGGCACGUGCCACGGGUGCCGCUCCAACGUAUUACAGAAUGUUCCAAAGAUACUUAGACGGUGGUCUGAUAGCCAACAACCCUACAUUAGACGCCUUAACCGAAAUUCACGAGCAUUGUCUCGCUUUGAAAGCCAGAAAUAGGGAAGAAGAAGCAUGUCCAAUCUCUGUGGUCAUUAGUCUAGGAACAGGUGUCAUUCCGGUGACAGAACUGAAAGCUGUCGACGUAUACAGGCCGGAAAGUAUUUGGGACACCACGAAAGUAUUUUUGGGACUGCAAAAUUUGGGCACUCUGCUCGUUGAUCAGGCCACUGCGAGCGACGGCAGGGUCGUGGACCGAGCCCGGGCCUGGUGCUCCUCCGUGGGAGUCCCCUAUUUCCGCUUCUCCCCCCAAAUGUCCGAGGAAAUCGCCAUGGACGAGAAAAGCGACGAAAAACUGUGCAACAUGCUGUGGGAAACCAAGGCCUACAUGCACGAGAACACCACCCUGAUGAGAGAGCUAGCGGACCUACUGCAUCGCGGCUAGGUCUCGAAAAAGACAAUCGUUUUUUUUCAACCCUGUAAACGUACUGUACGAUAUAUAUUAAGAGAUAAAAAAGACGUCUUGAAAAAUACGCAGUUUUGAAAAAAAAAUUGCGUCGUGGUAGGCGAAGACGUAAUAUUUAUUUCGACGCAUACCGUGACGUCGUUUUUUUUUUACUAUCUGUCUUUCUCUGGUAUAUUUUUUUGCGUGUGUCAAAGCUAAAUACUUAAUACAUUCCUUCGGAGAUUUCGUGAAAAAAAAACGUGUAUGUGUCAUAGGAAAAUUCUAGUCAUAUAAAAAGAUUAAGAAAUGUGUAACAACACCCGGUAUUUUUGAUUAAUGUUUUGUUUGCAAAUAAAAAUUAUGAAAUUGGGAUUAAAAAUUAUAUAAUAAACUUAGAGAAAUUUAUAACACAAAUGAAAUUUUAAA